AUGGUCUUUUCUCCUGUCUUUAAGAGCUUUGUGCUUGCUGCGCUUACGCUGGCUGGUGUCGCUUCGGCCGCCAGCGGCAACUCGGUGAGCAUUGUCGGCCACUCGGGUGUGAGUGCGCAGAUGAUGUUCCUCGGUGCCUCGGGCAAGGCCUACAUCCUCGACAAGGUCGAGAACAACAAGGCCACCGUCAACGGCCACCCCGCCUGGGCCGUCGAGUACGACUACAACUCGAACAAGUACCGCGUCAUGGAUGUGCGCACCAACACCUUCUGCGCUGGUGGUGCCACCCUUGCCGACGGCCGCUGGCUCGUUACUGGUGGUAACAAGGCCGUUGGCCACGGCGGUGUCGAUGCCAAGCCCGGCAACAAGCCCUACGACUCGUACAACGGUGGCCACGCCCUCCGUUUCCUUUCGCCCUGCUCGGACGAGUCGUGCGAGUGGGUCGACAAGAACUCGAACCAGCUCGAGAAGGAGCGCUGGUACCCCACCGUCGAGCCCCUCGGCGAUGGUAGCGUUGCCAUCAUUGGUGGUAUGCGCGAUGGUGGCUACGUUCCCUCGAAGGGCUCGAACGAGCCUACCCUCGAGUACUACCCCCGCAAGGGCGACGGCAAGUCGGUGUACGUCGACUUCCUCGACCGCACCGUGCCUCUUUCGCUCUACCCGCACACGUUCCUGAUGGGCAACGGUGAGCUGUUCAUGCAGGCCAACCGCGAGGCCAUCCUCUGGAACUGGAACCGCAACAGCGAGACCCGUCUGCCCAACAUCCCCAAGGCCCCGCGUGUGUACCCCGCGAGCGGUGGUGCGGUGCUCCUUCCCCUGACCCCCAACAACAACUACCGCGAGACGGUGCUCUUCUGUGGUGGUAUGGCCAUGAACAACCGCCAGUGGGGUAAUGAGGGCGGUCCCUCGGUGAUGGUCACGGAGCGCGACGCGAGCCAGUCGUGCGAGCAGAUCUCGCCCAUGACCAGCAACCCCCAGUGGCAGUCGGUCGACGACGUGCCCGAGGCGCGCUCGAUGGGCCAGUUCAUCACCCUGCCCAACGGCAAGAUCUGGUUCGGCAACGGUAUCGCGACCGGUACCGCCGGCUACACCAACAACCCUAACGCUGCUGGUAAGCCCGUCGGUAACUCGUUCGGCGACAACCCCGUGCGCAACCACUACCUCUACGACCCGCACAAGCCCGCUGGUCAGCGCUGGUCGCACGUCGGCACGGCUCGCGUCGGCCGUCUCUACCACUCGUCGGCCACGCUGCUGCCCGACUCGUCGAUUCUGAUUGCCGGUUCGAACCCCAACAUGGACUACACGGACAAUGAGAAGUUCAACACCGAGUACCGCGUGGAGCGCUGGUACCCCGACUUUUACAACCAGGACCGUCCUUCGCGCAAGGACCUUCCGAGCCACUUCAAGUACGGUGGUAAGGGCUUCACCGUGCACCUCAACAACAACAACGAGGCCAGCAAUGCCAAGGUCGUGCUGAUCCGCACUGGUUUCUCGACCCACGCCAUGAACAUGGGUCAGCGCAUGCUGGAACUGCGCGCCAAGGCUUCGGGCAGCGACCUGCACGUCGCGCAGAUGCCUUCGAACCCCAACCUCUUCCCCCCGGGCCCUGCGCUGGCGUUUGUGGUCGUCAACGGUGUUCCCUCGCAGGGCAAGUUUGUCACCGUCGGCAACGGCCAGAUUGGUGACCAGCCUACCCACCCGGACACCAACCUCUAA